CGAGAUUCCUUUUUCUUUCUCUCCACACGCCCAGAUUUGCUCAAAAUGCCUGCGAACAACAGCAUCAAGAAAACCCUGUCAUUGAUUGAGAAUGAUGCCACGAAAGUGCUGGGCCUUGACGUUGGCAAGCAUACAAACGUCCAACCGGGCCAGUACAUCCCCAGAGCGGAUGCGCAGUUGCCCCCGAAAUUAUCCUUCCGUGGCCUCUCACCAAACACCACCUACAUGGUCGUCGGCCUCGACAUCGACGCCCCCUUUCCUUCCUUCGGCGUCCUAGGCCCCAUCCUACACUGGAUCCAGUCGGAUCUUCAGCCCACGCCAUCAGAUAGCGACUCGACCACAUAUGAUCUGAAGAUCACGGCGCCAUUUGUCGCUAAUUACAUUGGCCCCGCCCCGCCCCCGGGAAGCUCGCCGCAUCGGUAUAUCUUCUUUCUGUACGAGCAGCCGGUCGGGUUCGAGGGGGAGAAGUACGCACCGCCUGGUGGGCAGAAAUUGGGAAAUAUGCAUCGGAUGCGGUUUGAUCUUGAUGCAUGGGAGACAAAAAUUGGUCUGGGGGAUAUUGUGGCAACGAAUUAUUUCGCAAGUAAUUGA